AUGAGGACUUUAGGAGAGGUUGGGGCGCACAUGGCUUACAACACUGUAUUAGUCGGAAUUUUAAUCAUGUAUGGGUUAUUCGGAGCGUUCGUUUUUAGGAAAUUCGAGGCUACUGAACGUGUGUCAGUAUCAGACGGCCAGCCAGGAAUUUCGAGAGAUGAACUACUUGAAGACCUGUGGAGUGGAAAAGAUCUUGACUUUGACACGUGGUCUGUGCAAGCGAAAAACAAAUUGGAUUUAUACGAAGAAGGUUUUAAUCCGGAGUCGUCCAUUUCUGCCGAAUGGAGCUUAGAUGAGUCGUGGUUAUUCGCUUGCACAAUAUUCACUACUAUCGGUAAGAGGGAUCUAGAACUGAUUUAUUGAAUUUCCUUUCAAUGAGCUUUUUUGUUUCUUCUUGAUUAUUUUUGUGUCGCUUAAAAAUUUAAAUUUGCUUUAAGGCUUUCGCGCGGGAGCUAAGUUGAGCUGCAUUUCACCUAAUCUGAAAUUCAAAUUACUGUGGUUGUCCGGCAUCUGAAAGGGAAAGUGAGGGAGGGGAUGGAAGGGAAGUGAGGAAGUGGUUCGAGGGAGAGGGACAUAGGGGAAAAGAAAAGGAGCUUUGUGAGGAAUCCACGAGAGUUGAGCGGCCAGUGGGAGAUCUGCUAAAGGUCUUGGACAAAAAGUGAUUUGUUAUGCCAAAUUCACAGACCUCUCGCCAGCUGGACUCUCGACAACCACAGGACACUCAUGUAGUAGCUCUAAAGAAAGCAUAUUCGUAGGUUGCAGAAAAGGGAGCCUGAAAAAAAUCUGGUUACGACAAGUAAAUUAAGUCCAGUAAACACCUGCUAUCCGAAGUCUCUUUCGCUGCCUUGUAAUGGUUUGAUCGCGUUACGCGGCUGCGUGUGACACUGGAGACUUGAUUUGCUGGAGCUCGACUAAGUCUUCUAGAUUUAUACUCUCGGCCCUAUCACACCGAAAUCACACCGAACGAAAAAAGGUCUUGCAGAGAAUAUAUCAAACUGUUUUAUGUGUUGGUAUGUUUUAUACUAACACGUAGAAGAAUAAUUAAAUCCCGCUGAAUUAAUAUUUUUACCUUAUGCACUAAAGGUUAUGGCAAUAUUACCCCGAUGUCCACCUCUGGCCGUAUUUUCUGUAUUCUGUAUGGAUUUGUUGGAAUACCCUUGUUCAAUGUAGUUGCCGUGAGUGUAGGAUCUCUAAUAACCGGGUUAGUUACUUUUAUGCCUUCAUAUUCACCUUAAUUUACCUUAUUGUCACCUUAGUUUCGAUGAUGGACGACGAAUCGUCAACCACUGUUUUUCUGUUACUGUUUUUUUGAAACCAUUAAAACUAAGUUUUGUUAUUUGAAGUUUUUGACACUGUGUACUGCAUAUCUGUGGUUUACGAUAAGGAAGUUAGGAAGGAAAGAGUGAGUAUGUCCUGGCAUCCUCACGCACAUGCAGGUGUUGCAUAUUUGAACGAGAAGUAAUUUUCGCGCGUUAUCGCGUCCAUGCCAAUCUGGUUCUUUGAGCCCUUCGUUUUGAGUUGAACAAAUCGAUAAAUGAUUCGACAGAAGGGAACGAGAAUGGUGCUCAUAAAAGGUUUUAAGUCCUGAGAAAUAAGAGCUUAUCACUCUAAAUAAUUAUGUGGUAACUAAUCAAUUUCGCUCGUACGGGAAGAGAUUGGAUCUUUCUGUACAAAAGGGAUUUAAUUGACGCCGACAACAGUUGCAACUGAUACCUCUUCUCGAUUUUAGCUCUUCCCUAGUCAACGUUUAAUCGUUCUCUGAAAGUAAAUAUAUUUUAUUCGACAUUUAUCACUACCGUUUUAAUGCCAAUUGUUCUACUGCUUUUUUUCUUUUUUUUUUUUUCCAGGGUGAUUCAAUUUUUUCACUCCACCUAUGAGAAGCGAAAGAGAAAAAUUGAGGCAGAAACACAUAAGAAAGACGACUUUGACUUUGAAUCGCUGGCAAGUGAAGUCAACCAAGAGGGUAACCUUACUUUCAAGAGCGUACUGAGCAUGACUGUAGCUUAUCUAGCGGCUGGUACACUGCUAUUCUCCCUGUGGGAGGAUUGGUCACUGUUUGAAGCGUUCUAUUAUUGCUUUGUGACUCUGACAACGAUAGGU